AUGCUCUACGCGCUGCCUACCACAGGUCCUAUCAACUGGUCCUCAAACCAGCGUAAAUCUGUUGCAGACCACCCAAACGUGCUCGUUUCUGGCGUGUUUCAGACCGCAUCGGCGUCGACUCUUGCGGACCAGGUUCGCCAACGCUAUCUACAGUUUCUCUGGCUACCCGACGCUAUUGUACCGCUCGUGCAGCUUGUACCGCUUCUUCUGCUGCUCUCACCGAAGACGUCUGCAGAAGAGUCCUCCCAUGCCUUGCACGCUGCACUCGACGAGGUCCUCCUGACUGAGAGACUGUCAGCACAUAAAUAUCGACAUUCUAUCCCUAAAUGGGUUGACGAAACCGCUGCCAUCACUGCUGAUGAUGUCGAAGCCGAGAUGGCUCGCUUUGCCUUCAACCACUACGCCGUCGAUGAGGUCGAAACCUAUGAUGUCACCCAGGACUUGGACGAAGAAGCCAGUACAUUACGAUGGAUCAAGGAGAUGGAAAAGCGAGAGGUUCAACUCCAAAUACUACUUCACCUCCUCAAACUUUCUCUCCCGGGACCCACACCUGCCCUCAUUAAGAAAUCGCUUUCAAUUCCUUCUCCUGACCCAUCACAAUCCGCAAAUACUACUCGGCAUGACCGACUUCUCAUGCCCCACCUAUCACUCAAAUCGCGUACCGCAAUGAGUGGCAAACGCACGCGGCCUCGUCCGUCAUCUUCCUCCGAAUCUGAAGAGCAGACUCCGCGCCAGAUUCUGGAAGACAGACUCGAGGGCCUGAUGGACCGUCUUGCAGUAUGGCAGAUGGCUUUGCCGGUGGAUGAGGAAAUGGCCCAAAGCACUUCGAAAGUCCAAAGAGAGGAGCAAAUCAAGGAAGUGAGGGACUGGACACAGGCAUUCUGUGAGGAUGUAGUUCGGGUUCAUUUUUCAGAGAAGCUCCCCGAAUCUUACAACCUCCUGCGUUCCAAACUCUUUCGUCUCCCACAAUGGUCCUCCGAAGGCGAAGACACCGAUGCCGAUGAGCCGCCCCCAUCCAAAGCCAAAUCUCUAUCCAGGUCACGGUCUCAAACUCGAGAAGACUCCAACUUCUUCGGCAACAGCGCCGCUCCGAGCAGUUCUGCUCCUCCGCACCUGUCACGCUCAAACUCCCUCGCACGCUCGGACUCUCUUUCUCGCACCGAUUCGUUCUCGCGUACCAUUUCCCUAUCCCGCACAAACUCCAACUCACUGUCCCGCACAAGCUCCCUCGCUCGCACAAAGUCCACCUCGAAGUCCAGCACGCAGAACCUAAACGCCACCGCCACCGCCUCGUCCUCUUCCACUUCCAAACACGACUCGCGAUCCCUCUCUCGUUCGCGCUCACGUUCCCUUUCUCUCUCUCUGACCGCCGAGGCUGAGGCACAAGCAAAGGCCCAGGCCGCCUCGAACGCCCGCAAACGACCCCUCCAGCGCGAAAUUAGCAUGUCCAAGGUCUUCAGGCCUAAAUCUGUCGAUCCUGUGGAACAUGUGUCCAAGCGCAUCAAAAGAGAGCAAGACAAUCCCCCCUCGCUCGCUGAGCGGCAGAAGGGAAGUAAGGCAGGCGUUGUCCUCGUGGAGGCAACGCCCACGAAGAGCGUACGGCAGGGCAGGGACUUUGGCGGUUCCAGUGCGGGUGUGGGUGGGAGUAAGGCCGAUGGGGUUCUAGUGCAGGAUUCACCGGUGAAAGGAGGGCGUGGGCGAGGUGGUGGGUCUGGUGGUUCUCGGAGACAGAGCCAAAUGUUGGUGGAGGAGGAUGACGAUGAUGACACUGACGAGGAAUAG